AGAGAAAGAGAGGGGGGAAUCCCCUUCCACGACGAGACGCGUCUGUACGAGCGCGGCCCUAUCCCCACCAUUCGUACUUCGCCGAGGUUGCCACCGCUAUUCUUCGCGGGGCCAUGAUUGCGCGAGUGUGCGUGCGUCUGUUGAACUACGCGCGACCAGCCCAGUGCUGCUAGUAAAUGUAAGCCUUCCGUUCCCGUAUACGUGUCGAAAGAAAGAAAGAAAUAGAGAGAGAGAGAGAGAGAGAAAAAGAAAGAAAGAGAGAGAGAAAGAGGUGAGAGAGAGAGAGAGAGAGAGAAAGAGAGAGAAAGAGAAAGAGAGCGCGCUAGAGUUCCAGUCAGCGCGAGAAAAUAUUCUCUCGUUAAUUUGGCUAACCAUCAUGCCGUUAAGUAUCGGGGUUAAUUUAAGAGUGACCGGCCACUGUAAUCAAGGCGGUCGUAAGUACAUGGAGGACAUGUUCAGCGUGGCCUAUCAACAGACACCGGACGACAAGGAUUUGGAAUACGCCUUCUUUGGUAUUUUCGACGGCCAUGGGGGCGGCGAGGCUGCUGCAUUUGCAAAAGAACAUCUCAUGGACAUUAUCGUGAAGCAAAAGAAUUUUUGGAGCGAACGAGACGAGGAUGUACUCCGAGCCAUCAGGGACGGAUACGUGAAUACGCAUUAUGCGAUGUGGCGGGAGCUUGACAAAUGGCCAAGAACUGCAUCUGGAUUACCAUCUACUGCUGGCACUACAGCGAGCAUAGCUUUUAUAAGAAAAGGAAAAAUUUAUAUCGGACACGUAGGUGAUUCUGGAAUAAUAUUGGGACAUCAACCUGACGGAGAUCCGCAAUGGCGUGCAAAAGCAUUGACGAAAGAUCAUAAACCUGAAAGUGGUCCAGAAAUGAUACGCAUACAGGAAUCUGGUGGAAAAGUUGUUAGUAAAUCGGGCGUUCCAAGAGUCGUUUGGAAUAGGCCUAGAAUAGGACAUAAAGGUCCUGUUCGAAGAUCGACUCAUAUAGAUGAAAUUCCUUUUCUAGCUGUUGCUAGAUCCUUAGGUGAUCUUUGGAGUUACAAUUCAGAACUAGAUACAUUUAUAGUGUCUCCAGAACCAGAUGUUAAGGUAGUAGCGGUCGAUGUCAAGUCGUAUCGAUGUCUUAUUUUUGGAACAGAUGGUUUGUGGAAUAUGUUGACUCCCCAAGCAGCCGUAGCUAUUGUUCAAGCUGCAGAAAUGCACAAUGAGAAACACAUUAUAGCUUCUCAACAAACUGGCAAUGGGCAGGCUGAUGUGCAAAUGUGGAUAAAUCCUUCUAAAAGUUUAGUAGAUAGAGCAUUAGAAAGAUGGUCAUCUACCAGAUUACGGGCUGAUAAUACAAGCGUUGUCACCGUUAUGUUAGAUCCUCCAGGACCUUCUCGUAGCGAGGUAUUGUUGAAUCAAAAGAAGGAACGCGUGCUCUCGCCGAAAAGUAUAGUACAUCACGGAGUCCAACCACUUGACCCGACUAUUUUUAAUGAAAAUAUUGAAAAACCUAUGCCAAAUGUCGCUACUUCGUCUAUUUUAAGACACGUAACACCUAGUGAUUCGAAUAUAAUUGACACGAAGCAACCAGAUUCCUCUGACGAAGUUAGAGAUCAUUUAGAUGCUUCUAUGCAAAUGGAGAAUAAUUCAUACGUUGAGAAAUUAAUUUUAAACGUAGAUACCUGUGAUGUCGAUAAAAUUUUAUUGAAGAAAGAAAUCGAGGAUACUAUAUCUAACGUAGAAGGCAUACAAGUAGCAGAAAUCUCAUCUAGCGAUAUAUCCGAGGAAAUAGAAUAUUUGAAAUCAAAGGAAUCAAAAACUUUUAAUAAGACUGAAAGCUCGAACAAAUUCGAUAGUGAAAAAAUAAAAACUGAAAAGACGAAGGAAGAAGAAGAUGGGAAUAUUAGUUUAAACGUUGUCGAGGACCAGACGACUUUUCAAUCGAAUCAUGUUGAAACGAAGAGCGAAGAAAACGUUCCCGACAUAAUUCGACAGAAUGCAUUUAACGAGGCGUACGAAGUGACACCGUUCGUUAGUAAAUUCGGACGUCCUACCGCCAUAAUAUCUAGAAAAAGUACAUUGAAGGACGUUGAAUUGAUAAAUGUUUUACAUGGUCCACGACACAAGCAACAUUCGUUGAUAUCAUCUAAUUCGAGGGAAGAUAUUAGACCAACGAAAAGGAGACAUAGUUUGAGUUUACAAUCGCAAAAUAGUUUUUCUGAUAGCCUUCCAUUAGAAUCUAAAUCAUACAUGACAACAGUGAAUUCGAGAUUUAAGUCGAAAAGUACAAGGACGUUGGAAAAUGGAGACGAUACGGGAAAGAGUUCUGUGUGUGCUAGAACAAAUAGUAGCGGUGGAAUUAAUACAAAACGUAGGCAUAGUACGAUAUCGUCGCAAUCGAUAACAACGGUAGGGUUGGAGGAAGCAUGUACGACGCAAGAACCGUGUUUGAAAAGAAGAACACGUUCGGAGGAUCGUCCAACUCUUCCUAUCGAUGAAAACAAUCCAGCUAAUCAAACGAUAGAGGAUCCAAAUAGUCGUUUGAGUUGGCCUAACAAUGAUUCUUCCAUAAAUGCUAGAUCAGCAGGUGGUUCUAGUACCGUCUCGGUACAGGAAAGACUUUCUUCGCCAAAUACUUUCCAAAGAAGAAGCUUGGGGAAAAAAGCAACGCCUACGAAAAGUAUUAGACGAUCGUCUAUCAAUGGUCCUGCUCGUUUACAACAAUUAAGAGGUAUAUUUGGAUUAAGAGAUUGGGAUCAAGGAAGGAAUAAUCGAUCGAACGGUUGUAACGAUCGAAGGUUAAAUCGUACUGCGGGUAUUAUCGGACCACUGGAUUCUGGAAUGCCACAACGUUGGCUUAGAUCGGACACGAUGGCUGCAACUCCAGUUAAAACAUUGCGUUCACGUAACGUCGAUAUUACUGGUCAUACUAUUUCGGCACAAUUAGUUCAUCAUUAUGGAGUAGUCAAACAGAAUCGAUUAUCCUUACCUGCUAAAUUAAAGCAAUCCAAUAACAAUGGAGUAUUACAAUCUAAGAGGGUGAGGUCUUCCUCUAUGUCAUCUAAUAAAUUUAAACAAACAGGUACUAGUGGUACAAACGUAGGGGCAUGUUCUACAAUGAACAGUACAAGUACAGGAUCGAGUAAUGGUUCUGGUAUAGCUAAGUGGGUUAAAUCUCUAUGUAAUCCUAGUGCCAGAUCAUUGAGUACACGAUCUCGCAUCAAGCGCCUUGGAAAAUGAAAUUGCAUAAUCUAUAUCCUUGCUUUUCUUCACUUACUCAAUUAUUAUUAUUUUUUUUUUUUUCCCCAGUUUUCUUUUUCCAGUUUUUCCUUUUCCAGGGUUUCUUUUAUACAUAUAUAUAUUUUUUUGUUUCUUUAUUAUUACAAUACAAACGAAUACGUAUCAAUUCGGACAUAGCAUUUUAUUUAAAUAAUAUACCGUUAUAUAUACAUAUGACAUGGACUUAUAGAUAUACCAAGGACUUCGUUCGUACGCUCUCUUUUCACUGUUCUUAUUACAAAAUUCCAAUUCUAUAUUACCCUAUACGAAUUCGAUCAUUAAGAAAUUAUAACGAUGUAAUCAUAAUUCAGUAAACGGUCAAAAAGCAAUAGAUUUAAUAAAGCUAACGUAAUAACGUUGAAUAGACGACGUUUAUAAGUGUCAAUUGUAACGAUUGCUGGAACAACUAUCGAUCAUUUUUUUUUUUCAAUAUUUUAUUAUUAUUCUAACUUUUUUUUUUCUUUCUUUUUUAAUUCAUGUAUUUGAAAUUAUUGAUACAUUUUUUAUAAACGAAUAAGAGAGAAUGCAUGGUGUCUUGUACGAAGUACACUAGCAAUUACAUUCCAUGCAAAUUAAAGUACAUAAUUAUAAGUAGAAAAUUAUAAUUUAUCUUACGUUUUAAACAAAAAUAGAUUAUAUUCCAAUUAUCUUGUUUCCAAAUUGAAAUUCAUCCUUUUUCAUUCAUAACUUUUGCCGACAACGAUCAGUUCUUCCAGCAGUAUAAAUAUAUCACAAUGCUAAUUAAAAAGUUUCUACUUUUUAAACAGUUUAUAUUUCUUCAUUUGCAUAAAAUAGAUUUUGUGAUAAUCGAAUCUGUGAAAAAUGUGAAAUCAUUAUAUAUAAAUCGUAACGAUUGUAUAGACUACUUGUAACUUUUGAGAGAUAUCGUUCUUUAUACAAAAACAAUGAAUUGAUACGAAUGCAAUUUUAAAGAUGAAAUUGAAUAUUUAAUAAUUGAUUAUUACUUUAUUGGAAAGAAUAAAGAAAAAUUCUUAGAAAUAUUUGCGGAAGCGUCAAAUUUUAAGAUAAAGAGCGUGAAGAAAGGUUCAGUAAAAAAAAAAAAAAAAGAAAGAAACGUUUUAAGAGAAGUGAACAAAAUCUAGAGCAAAGAUAAUUUGUUAAUUGACAUGUGCCUAUAACAGUUACCAUUUUAACAUACAUGUACAGUACAUUCACAUACCAUACACUCAUUUAAAAAAAAAAAAAAAAAAAAAAAAGAAGAAGAAGAUAGAAAAAGAGGAUUUUGAUUCUUGCAUCGUAAUCAUUUUAUUUUUUCUUGUGAUAUUCACAUGCGAUAGAACUAAAUAAUAAUGUUGCAAAAAAAGAAAAAAAAUGCAACGACAACCUGUAAAAAGAUGCAUGAGUUUGAACUUUAUUGAAAAUUGUUAUGGUUUGUGAUAUGUGUAUGUGGUGGCUGCUGCAUAUAGCUGUAUAUAAUAUAGGUAUAUAUAUAUAUAUAUAUAUACAUGUAUACGUAUAUGUAUGUUAAUAUAUAUAUAUAUCAAUGGGUACAUAUAUAGAACAUAUACGUAUAUAUAUAUAUAUAUAUAUAAAUAGCAAAUGUAAUAUGAAUGUAUGUAGAUAAAAAUGUACAUGACCUUGCUAUGAAGAAUUCAAAGUAUAAACGAAAAGAAAUAAAAAAAAAAAAAAAAAAAAAAAAGAAGAAGAAAGAAAUAAAGAAAAGAAAAGAAAGAGUAGAAAGAAAAAAGCUAUUAUUCUUCAUUGCAUUUAUUUAUGUAUAAUUUUGAUAAGAAAGAAAAAUAAAUUGAAAUUGCCUUUGACACAAGUGUCGGAAUAAAAAGAUUUAAAAGAAAAAAAAAAUAAUAAUAAUAAUAGAAGUAGUAACAACAACAACAACAACAAUAAUAGUAAUAAUAAUAAUAAUAUAAUAAAUAUUCAUUAUAAAGAGACGAAGAGUAUUUUCAAAAUGCCGAAUAGUUGUUUUACAAAAGAAAUAUAGAAGUAAGUGGAGAAAGAAAUAUAAAGAAAAUAAUUAUCGAAAAGAAAUAUUUUAUCUCAGGUUUAAGGAAGCGUGGAAGUGCGAGAAAAGAGUAUAAAUGAUACGUUCGAACAAAUGUGUGUGAUCACGUUUAUAUAAUCUGUAUAUUUUAAUUAAAUAAACUGAAAUAUACAAAUUCUUUUCAUGAUGAA